AUGGCCUUCCAAGAAGCCCAUUCUUCUUCUUCUUUAACCCAUCCAUCAACUUUCGAUGUAUUAUUGAGUUUUAGAGAUGAAGAUACUCGAAACAAUUUUAUUGCCCAUUUAUGCGCAGCUUUGCGUCGAAACGGAAUUAACACCUUCAUGGAUGAUAAGCUUAGAAGUGGAGAGAAAAUUUCACCAGCACUUCUCAAAGCCAUUGAGCAGGUAAAGAUUUCAAUUAUUUUAUUCUCUAAAAACUAUGCAUCAUCUCAUUGGUGCUUGGAUGAGCUAAUAAAGAUCCUCGAGUGUAGAGAAAUAAGGAAGCAACAAGUUUUACCUUUGUUUUACGAUGUAGAUCCGAAGCAAGUACGGAACCAAAUUGAAAGUGUUAGAGAAGCAUUUGCCAAACUUGAAGAAAGGUUCAAGGAUGGCGAAAUGAAGGUGAAUGGGUGGAAGACAGCCCUAAGCAACGUGGCCAAUUUGUCGGGAAUGCAUCUGGCCAACAGGACAUUUGAUUGUGGAUCAACGUUGAAUCAUUUAGAUCUGUCAAGGAGGGAUAUUGUUACCAUUCCUCCAUGCAUUAGAAGAUUUGUUGGGUUGGAGACCCUUCAUUUGAGAAAGUGCGAGCAACUUCAAGAAAUCCUAGGACUUCUACCAAAUGUAAUCAAAGUGGAUGCUUGGGGGUGCGUGUCAUUGGUGAUACUUUUAGAAGAAACUAGAAGAUCUCAAUUGUUUAAUACAUGGGACACACAAGAGCCUGUGGGAGUUGGAACCGAGUUUCCGGCACUACAGUCAUCGAGUCUUGGAGAUAGUGUCGUAACAGAAUCAUAUUGCCCUUUCAGUUUGAGAAAUCUAGAUCUAACAAGUAGUGCUAUUGUUAGCCUUCCUACAUGGUUCAAUAGAUUUGUUGGAUUGCAGUGGCUUUUCUUGAAUGAUUGCAAGCAACUUGAAGAAAUUCCAGAACUUCCACCAAGUAUAGAGCAAGUAUAUGCGAAUGGAUGUCUUAUCACUGAAAAUUUGUCAUAUCCGUGUAACAGGGACAUCCUAAGGACCAUAAAUUUGGCUAAUUGCUCUCUCUCUGCUGUUAUUGCCUAUACCUCCGAUGUAGAAGAUGAAGAUGACGAUGAAGAGGAAGCAUGUAUCUCUGAAGACUAUGAACAUAAUUAA